AUGGCGGCGGUGGCUCAGAGGCAGAGCGGGUGGUUGCCCCAUCAGGAGUUGUUGGUCGAUCCCCGGCUCCUCCUGCCUUGCAAGGACAUACCAGGCGACCUCCUUUUCUUGAUUGACAGCUCCGGGAGCAUCUAUCCAAAUGAAUACCAGAAAAUGAAAGACUUCAUGAAAUCUGUCAUCAGCAAGUCCGUCAUCGGAAAGGACGAGGUGCACGUCGGCGUCAUGCAGUUCAGUGACGUCCAACAACUUGAGUUCAAUCUCAACCAGUACUCCAGCAAGGACGCAAUGUCGAAUGCCAUCGAUAACAUGCUGCAGAUCGGUGGAGGCACGGACACGGGUAAAGCCAUCACACAAGUGUCACAGUAUUUUGAUGUUGGCAACGGAGGGCGUCCGAACCUGAGGCAGAGGCUGAUGGUGAUAACAGACGGCGAGGCCCAAGACGAAGUGAAACACCCCGCUGCUGCCCUUCGUGCCAAGGGAGUGACGAUCUACGCCAUCGGAGUGAAGGACGCCAACACCACACAGCUACUGGAGAUCAGUGGUUCCCCAGACAAGGUUUAUACAGAGAGGGACUUUGAUGCUCUGAAGGACUUGGAAAGCCAGGUGGCCUUGGAGCUCUGUGAUCCAGAGAGAGACUGUAAGAAGACAGAAAAAGCGGACAUUAUCUUCCUGGUGGACGGCUCCACGAGCAUAACCCUGAGCAAGUUUAGAAGCAUGCAGAAGUUUAUGCAGUCAAUGGUGAACCAAACCACGGUCGGCAAGGACCUGACUCGCUUCGGGGUCAUUCUUUACUCCACUAAUGCCAACUCUAUUUUUUCUCUCAAUACGUACAACUCCAAACAAGAAGUAGUGAAUGCGAUAUCAGCGCUGAAGUCCCCAUUUGGAGACACCUACACCGGACGGGCUUUGGCAUACUCUUUAGAGUACUUUAAUGAGAACCAUGGUGGUCGGGCGGCGCUCCAGGUGCCGCAGAUUCUCAUGGUGAUCACAGACGGUGAUGCCACCGACCGUAACAAUCUGGUCGUGCCGUCCUCGGUGCUGCGUGACAAAGGGAUCAGCAUCUUCAGCAUUGGAGUGGAAGGAGCCAACAAGACGCAGCUGGAGAUCAUGUCUGGUCACGACUCGUCCAAAGUUUUCUACGUGGACAAUUUCGACGCCCUGGAGACUCUGUACAAGAAUAUUACUCAGGUCCUCUGCAACACCACCAAGCCAGGUAAGAGCUCAAAAUCACUAAAUAUGGAUGAUUCAUAG